AGGGGUUGUGUGCGGGCCUGCAAGCCUAGUGAAUUCAAUGAUGGACCUCCACCAAGGGACUCUAAUGUUAUUGGGCCCAACAAUGAACCCAAAGGUGGCAUUCGAGCUCUCAGAGAGGAUUCCUCACUUGGGCCUAAGGAUGAAGGAGCAUUGCCACCGUGCACUUGUGUUUGCAACAAGGCUGAAGAAUCUGGGCUUCAAGGUCAUAUACCCAGGCCUUGAAGACCACCCCCAUAAUGAGCUCUUGAAGUCAAUGUAUAACAAGGAGUAUGGGUUUGGUGGGCUUCUUUGCAUUGAUAUGGAGACAGAAGAGAGGGCCAACUGGCUCAUGCACCACUUGCAAAACCAUGGGCAAUUUGGGUUCAUGGCUGUGAGCUUGGGCUAUUAUGAGACCCUAAUGUCAUGCUCUGGGAGUAGCACAAGCAGUGAGAUGGAUCCUGAGGAAAAGGCCCUGGCUGGAAUCUCACCAGGCCUAGUUAGAAUGUCAGUGGGCUAUAUUGGGACCUUGGAACAGAAGUGGAGUCAGCUUGAGAAGGCGCUUAUUAGACUCCAAGAACAUGGGCUCAACAAGAAUUGAAGCACUCUGCAUUAAUGUUUCACUGUUUUGUCACUUCUUUUAAUGCAAUAAUAAAGCUUGUGUUCAAGAUCAUAUGUACAAAUAUGUUUAUGUUUAUAUUUUGAAUUUCGUCCAUUAAGACGUGGCACUUUAAUUUUUGUGUUAGGAUUGCUAAGAGUAGCGUGAAAUCGAAUUUAUUCUGGUAUAGAUUUGACUCUAAA